AGCCAGGACUACAUCUCCCGGCAUGCUGCGGGCGGGACGGAAGUGACAUAAUAUUGAGACCCCCAUACCCGUCUUCUGCGCUGCUUGCGGUGUGUGUUGUGGAGACAUGUGAUGGUGACCGGCAGCAGCCAGGAUGUCUGACGCCACUAAGAAGAAUGAUUCUGCUUCUGGUGGUCCCAGGACCCCAGCUGCAGGUGCAAGAGGCCUGGUUGGGCGCAGACCAUCCGCUCCCGUCACACCAGGCCGCCUUCCUUCUAUCCGCUCCCGGGAUCUUACCCUAGGUGGUGUCAGGAAGAAAACUUUUGCUCCAAACAUAAUCAGUAGGAAGAUAAAAGAAGAGCCUAAAGAGGAGGUGUCUGUAAAACAUGAACGGUCUGAGCGUAACCGAGAUCGGCGGGGGGAUGGAGCAGGGAGAGGACGUGGAAGACCACAAGUUAUCCAAAGUCACUCCAUUUUUGAGCAAGGACCGGCAGAACAGCUAAAGAAAAAAACUGGGUGGGAUGGGCCCGCAGAUGUGGGUGAACUUGGUCCCUCACACAUAAUUAACAUAAAACGGGAGAAAAGGGAAACUGAAGAGGAGACUAAACAGAUCCUGCGAAUGCUGGAAAAUGACAAGUUUUUGGAUGACCCAGGUUUGAAGAACGAUGUACAGAAUCAGCCUGUGCAGCUUCCUCUUGCACACUCAGGCUGGUUGUUCAGAGAUGAGGAGGAAGAAGAGGACAUAAAGCCCCCGCAGAUGGCCCCUAAAGAGGAGAAGAUGGAAGUGGAAGCCUCAUCAGUCAAAGUGAAGGAAGAACCAAUGGAAGAUGAAGGCGCGUGGAAGUCUCGUGUCCCUACAAGCAAGCCUCCGGCUGUAAAGAAGGCCCCCGAGAAGAAGGAUGUCUCUCUUCCAGAGUUACUAGAAUCUUUACGCAUCUCUGGAGAGGAAACUCUCUUUUUUAUGCAACUUCCUGACACACUCCCAGGGCAGCCGCCCACCCAAGACUCACGACCUGUCAAAACUGAAGUGCAGAGUGAGGAUGGUCACAUGUUGCUGGUUAAGGACAAGGAAACGCAGGCAGCGGAAGAGAGCUGUUCACUGCGUGAUGUAGCCGAGGGCCAGAUUGGGAAACUGGUUAUACGAAGAUCAGGCAAAGUUCAGCUUGUCCUGGGCAAGGUCACUCUUGAUGUCACCAUGGGGACCUCCUGUUCCUUCUUACAGGAACUGGUGUCGGUCAGUGUUGGGGAAGCCCGGCGAGGAGAAAUGAUGGUCCUGGGACAUGUUCAACAUAAACUUGUCUGCUCGCCAGACUUUGAGUCUCUACUUGAGGGACGGCAGCGCUGAAAUACCUUCAUACAACUUCGUGAACAGCUGAUUAUGUCCUCUCUUGUUAAUAUAGUAUCACUGGAAAAUGUUCUCGUGGCAAGUGGAUGGUGUGCCCUAGGGUGUGAUGUUACAGUUUGUUUCCUGUGCAGAUGCCCUUGGAUGUUUAUUCUUCUGGCCAUGUUAUUGGAUCAUCAUCUCCAUGAUUUUUGCUCAUUGAACGUAGCGGAUGAUGUUGGAGAGAAUUUGUUUGUUACGUGCGUGUGCAUAAUGUACAGUGAAAUUCAGGUUUACUUUACAAAUCACAAACGGGGGGUGCUGACUGAAAUGAAACAAUGAAACAUUGUUAGGACACAUCAGGUCUUUUAUUUAAUUAAACUGGACACAAUGUGAUCCAAUAUUACCUCA